CGGAUUAUGAAUAAUCUACACCAGACACUGGUCACAGUUGUAACAGAGACAGUUGCUGCUGUCAUGGCACCCUCCAUUAUGGACAAUAGCAAUCCAGUCCCCUAUAAUAAUAUUGUGGCCAUGCCGGUCACGAACACAAGCCACUCGACCAAUAGUAGCAUAACGAACAGAAACAGCAAUAGCAGUAGUAGUAGUGGUGGUGGUGAAAACAACAUCAUCAUCGGCAGCAGCAUCCUCGUCACCAACACCACCACAGCCACGCCAGCAGCCAGCCAUAACCUUUCUCAACCACAUCCCUACGAUACAACAGGUCUAAUUUAUUGGAGUGGUGACGGGGGCGGUGGUGGCGUCGGCCUCGGUGCAGGUUCGUCUGCCAUGGCUGGUAUUGGCCUUGGCAUGAGAGAUGAAUUCAGUCCUGGUGGUUUUGAUCCUGGCCUUGGUUUCGACACCGACAAUUCAUCGUAUUUCUAUCACAAUUUCAAUGGUACAGAUUACUCGUUCAAUUGCCAGGACAGAGAUCCCCUCUCGAAUCUGACCUAUUGGAAUCUCACCUGUGAUACACCUGUGGAUUAUGUGGUACCUUUGUACGGUUAUUGCAUGCCAUUUCUGUUAAUAGUCACCGUUCUGUCCAAUUCAUUGAUUGUCCUGAUAUUAAGCAAAAAGAAUAUGUCGACGCCAACCAAUUUUGUGUUAAUGGGUAUGGCCAUUUGUGAUAUGUUAACGGUUAUAUUUCCGGCUCCCGGUCUAUGGUAUAUGUACUCGUUUGGUAAUCACUAUAAACCCCUGCAUCCGGUUUCACUUUGUUGGGCCUUCAACCUAUUCAAUGAG